AUGGAGGGCUUGAACCUGAAUUCACAGGCUAAAACUCUACGUCUUGGGCAUCGUCGAUCAGCUAGUGAUUCAGCACUUGCUUCACUACUGAAAGCAAUUAACUUUGAGCUCGGUCUUGGUAAAAGUUUCAGUGCUGAAAAGGCUGAUCUGUCUACUACCGGUGUCCAAGAGUGUAGUCAUUUCAAUGCACCUAAGAAAUCUCCACUGCCAUCAGACAAGAACAAAAGCAUAGAAGAUGAUGUGCCCCUUGUUGUCAAUGAUUCAACCAAGUGCGAGUCUAGUACUGCUGCUUACCAUCACAAAUGGGAUCGUAAAAUCGAUCCAGGCAUGAACCCCAAGAAGAUGAGACGCCUGCUUGCUAAUAGAGAGUCCGCCCAGAGAUCCCGGCUUCGGAAGAUAGAGUACAUCGAGGCACUCGAGAGAGAAAUAGAAAAUGAGAAGGCGAAGAUAUCCUUCUUGGCACCACAGGUCACCUACUAUGAGAUUCAGCACAUGAUUAUGAGAGAGGAGAACCAAAAAAUAAGGGAGAUGCUGGAACUUCUGGAGAUUGAGAAAGCUUAUAAAGAUGCUGAAUAUGUGGCGCUGAAGAAAGAGAUGGAGUCACUGAAAAAGAGAUUUAUGUAG